AUGCCGCAAUACUAUUCUGAUGUGCUCGAUACUGAGUCAUUUCGCUUGGCUACUAUCUCGCUAGGCACACAUCCUGGUACAAAGUCCCGAGUGCCGAGCGUGGCCCUCACGACGCAUGUUCUAACCAGUGCUCGAGAACUUGGGUACAAUGCGCUUUCUUACACUUGGGGCUCACCGCGAGAUGGCCCUUCAGAUCCCAACAACGCUCCAAAUACUUCAAUCUUACUAAAUGGGCAUCCUUUGGAGGUUCAACCUAACCUCUACGAUGCUCUUGUCGAAUUGCAGAUUUCGUGCUCUGGGGGUCACAUCUGGAUUGACGCUCUUUGCAUCAACCAGUACAACACCAACGAGCGAUCCGUCCAGGUAUCUGCCAUGGAUCAAAUUUAUGGACAAGCAAGCCGCGUUAUAGUCUGGCUUGGCAAGGCCUUUCCCGAGUUGGAGACCGGGCUCAAAGCAGCUAAGAGAAUCGGCACUGAAUCGGUUCCUAAAACGCUUCGUAUGAUUGGAACGCAGACAUGGGAUUUCAGCUCUGACUUAUCAACCAUGCCGAAGCGAUACGGUAUGGAACCUAUUGACCAGGAAGAAGCUAUUGGAUUAGUCACUCUCUUUAUGAGUAAUUGGCUGGUUCGAAUCUGGAUCAUCCAAGAAGUUUCUCUAACGAACGAUGUUGUGAUCUUAUGUAACGCCAGAUUCACCGAGUUUGACUGCGUGGGCUACACAGCGGCCUUUCUGCACUACAGCGGGCUCUUCCAGUCUGUUCUUGAUCUCGUCCCUAGGGACAGGCCUGGUAUCUAUCUUCGUGGCGGUAUUAAUAUAUUCCAGGCUGAGAGGAUACAGUUGCUUCGUGAGUGGUGCAAAGGCGAGAAGAGUCUGUGGGUUGAUGUUCUUGCUAUGAUCGACUUCGAAGCUGGGCUCGGAAAGUACCACACAAAGUCAUCGGCCAUGUUCCUCCUGCGUCUCUUAUUUUCCACCUUUGGGAUGCAAUCGACAGAUCCUCGAGAUUCCAUCUAUGGCUUAGGUGGUAUUUUAAAGCAUAUGGUAGCUGAGGAAGGGCUCUGUCUGCCACUGGAGUUCCAACCAGAUUAUAAUAUUGAUAUUAAAGAGUUGCUGCAAAAUGUCGCCUGCAAGAUCAUUGAAACGACGGAUUCAUUAGUAUACCUAAGUCUUGUUAAAGACCCGAGUAUGCGAGAAACUCCUGGCCUUCCAUCCUGGGUUCCGGACUUCCCAGCUGUUCUCUAUAACAGUGUGCAUGGACCGCAAUUCAGAUCCAUUGGGACUGUCAACUCUUCAAACCAUAUUCCUCACGCCCCCAAUCAACGUACAUUCAUUAUCACUGAAAAUAUUCUUAAGGUUUUCGGUUUUCGCCUUGGCACUAUUCAGAAGAUUGGUGAGAAGUAUCUGGACCACCUACAAGGACGUCUUAGCAUGCUAGGCGACAUCCUCCUUAGUAUGGAUGAGUGUUAUCCAUACACCAAACAACCAGCGGACGAGGUUCUUUGGAGAACUUUGAUCUGGGACACCGACUUUACAAACCGGCCCUCGAAAAUGAUCUGGCUGGAGGACUUUCAGAUGGCCAUUUUGCAUGAAGUCGCUCGUGCGUUACGAUUUAAGUUUGCGGAAGCGGAGUCAGCCGCUGCCGGAGAAGCUUUGGUCCUUGACUCAAUUCGUGGUAUGGCUUACCUAGACGAGAUAGCCGCCAGAUUCCCGUCUAGCAUAUUUCCCAGCACAAAACUCGUCAAGGCCUUAUGCGUCAGUUUGGAUUUGAUAAAGCAACAGAGUGAUGUAUUUGACCAAGAGGAGCUUCAGAGGCUUAAGGAACCAAGGUCAAAACACGAUAUGCCACCUGAUAAUAUAAUGGCAUCGACUUGGAUUAACCACAGGGCCAUCCUCACUGAUACAGGAUAUUUGGGCAUGGGAUUUGAUUCAGCGCAGGUUGGGGAUGAAGUUUGGAUCAUCUCUGGAUGCCCUACCCCGCUGGUUGUUAGAAGUAUUGGAGAACGGGAUGAGUAUUUCCUGAUUGGAGAGACCUACGUACAUGGUGCUAUGGAGGGAGAGGCUGUCACUGAUGAGGUGACCUGGGAACAGAUCAAAAUAGCCUGA